AUGGAAGAAGAGGUGGAGGUGGAGGUGCCUCUCACGUUCAAGCGACAUAGCGUGGUGUACCUGGCGAUCGAUGUCCCCGGCGACUUGCCCCGCUUCGCCUACCAGGUGGCGGUGUCGCUCGCCGACCCCUUCACCCAGCCCGAGGAAAACGACACCGCCGUCCUCAGUGUCGACCUCGCCGCCGACGCCGUCAUCGGCCUCUGCUACUUGAAAUUGAUGCCGCUGUAUCCUCCAGAGAGCCUGGCCCGCCACGACAUCGACCUCGUCAAGUUUGACCUCGCCCACGCCCUCUACACCGUGAUCGACGCCAUCCACCGCCACGGGCUCAACGUCGACUCCGAGCUCAAUUUGCGGUAUGUCGACAACGGCGAGGACCGCUGGGACCACAAUCUCCACCGGUGGGCGCCGAUAUUGGCGUUUGAGCCCGAGAUCAGCUGGCUCUACCUGGCGUGCUGCAUUUUGUUGUGGGCGCUCGCGAAGCUCUUUGGCGACAACUUGGUGCUUAAUCCGUACUUCCACUGGCUCAUCAAGUUGUGGAAGUGCCACACCAACGUCAUCUUGCUUGGCCUCGAGAUCGACCGCCGGUUGGAGUUCACCCAGUCGCUGGAGCCGACGCCCGAGCUGGUGAAGACGACGCUCAAGGGGUCGCUGGCGAUCAGGUACGUGCUUGCCGCCAUCAUCAACCGCAACCCGCUGUCGCUAUCCGACGGAUCGGAGGAGGAGAAGGACUUAAAGCACCAGAGUCUCGUGGCGUUUAUGCAACCAUUAGGCAGGGAAAAGAUCAACGGCGGCGCCAUUCUGAUCGACAUGCGGCUCGUGGUGGUGGCGCUCUUGGUGCUCAACAUCAACAUCCCCUACGUGGUGGGCCCUGGCGGUCCUCUGUGGCAAGACCCCGUCGACGCUCAGGAGCAGGCCCGCCGCGACAACCAGAGCAAGCCCGUGCUCGAGUUGGGCGACCUCUUGCUCGACUUGGAGUACGACGACCGCUUCGACGAGGACAUCCGCUACAUCUUCGAGUACGAGUACGACGACGACACCAACGACGGCGACGAGUGGCACGACCACGACCCCGAGGGCCAGCUCCAGAAAUACCUCGAGACCCGCGACGCCAUCGAGCCCAUCUACCUGUCGAUCACCAACGGCGACAGCUUGGCCGAGUACCAGAGCAAGGAGCUUGCGGCGAAGCCGAUAGGGGUCGAUCCCAUCGAGUUUGAUCUGUAUGGCCACGACUGGCGCGACACGUUGCGGGGCGACAACCACAAGUUCGACCCGCAGUUUGUCGACAAGUACCACCAGUACCGCCAGCUUACGGACAAGGAGGAGCUGUUUGACUUCUUCACCCUGUGGGAGGAGCUCCGGGUGACGCUUGAGUUCCUCGCCACCAACUCGAUCGACGGCCACGAGCAAGCAGAACAGAAGGUGGGGCAGGUGCUUUUGAACACCAUUUCCAAAGUGAACCUCGACGCCCAGCACGGUGAAGACAGCGACAUCACCGUGGAGAAAGUGUACAACUUGCUCACGCUGACGGCGCUGAACGAGCUGAUCGCCGAGCUGGAGCUGUUGAUCGUCCCCAUCUUCGAGGUGAGCCAGUUCGAGUUGUUUGUCCACAACAACCCCAAGCUCGCGUGGUGCUUGAUGGACGAGUUGCUCUGCUGUCCCGGCUACCGCCGCGUGUUCAUCCUGUUUAUGACCCACAACAUGAACUUGUCGAGCUUCAUUAUCGACUACGUGUUCGAGUUGCUUACGGGCAGCCGGGGCGCCUCGCCCGCGGCCAGGACCAAGAACCUGCCCUACACCUUCUCCCGCCAGGGGCCCUUGGUGUUGCUGGAAGUGGAGACGCUGAUGCUUCUCCACGAGUUCUUGAAUAACCUGAGUCUCUAUCUCAGUGCCCGCGACGGCCUUGACAUCGACGACGGCUACGAAGUGGUGCUUGCCGAGCUGGUGGCGAAGAAGUACAUGACGCUUCUCUGCUUGAUGAUCAACCAGCUUGUGGCCAAAGGGAUCAUUGAUUUGAGCCGUCACCAUACCGCUACCGGUGACCAGGAUGGCCACGAGCUCAACGAUUAUUCCAACGUCCUCCAGGUGCUCUUGGUGAAUUGGAUCGGCAAGCUCCCUCAGGCUCGCCAGCUUUUCUUCAAAGUGAAAGGCACCGCCAGCGAGCCCACAGCAGGAGAAGAGGAGAAGCCGGCGACGCUCAAGAAAGUGAAGACGAUCCACGAGCUUUUGCUGCUUUACCAGAGCCGUCUGCGCGACGAGAUCACCGACGACCUCGAGACCAACCGCAACCACAAAGCGAUCGUGAUCCGCUACACCAACAAGUUCUGCGACCAUCUCGAAGUGGCGCGGGCGCAGAUGCUGCUCCCGCCGUCGGCCCACGACGACUUUGCCUUGUUCCUCACCCACUUUAACACGUUUAGUAAAAUCGACGUGGCGGCGGAAAAGCUCUUUAGCCAGUUCCAGCUGAUCGUGAUUGAUGAUGAUGGCGACAGUGAAAGCAACGGCAAGGGAGCCAGCCAGCGCAGCAGCGGUGGCGACACCAAGUCGCUGGGGAAGGGGAAGCGGAAACGCAAAAAGUAA